AUGGAUGAACGCGCCGCGAUACCCGUCACGCUCCCACGCGACAACCCAACGCAGAGUUACUGGCAAGAUCCGCCUGACGAGAUUGCCGAUCUUCGAACGACCGAGAACCUGCCCGCAAAUGCUGAUGUGGUCAUAAUUGGCAGCGGGAUCACCGGCGCCGCGGUGGCAUGGAAUCUGCUGGAUGUCGAGAAGCCCCCGAACAUCGUAAUGCUCGAGGCGCGGCAGGCUUGCUCGGGGGCGACUGGCCGGAACGGUGGCCAUACAAAAGCAGCAUCCUACCGGUCGUUCUCCGAUAAUGCGGCAGCCCUGGGCAAAGCGACCGCUGUGAAGAUAGCGCGCCUCGAACUAGCGAACAUCAAAGCUGUACAUGCCUUUGCCAAAGAGCACAGUAUUGCUUGCGACUCGAAUCCUUGCACUACUGUUGAUAUAAUUUACGAUGAAGGCCACUGGAAGCAGGCUCAGGAUGCAGUAGCAGCUAUGCGAGAGGCCCUAGGGCCCGAAGACCAGGCAUCGGAAUAUACAUUUCAUGAUAAGGAGGAAGUUAAGACUAAGCUAUUCUGCAAGGGCGAUGAGGCUCAGGGCGCCGUAAGUUACUUUGCAGGCAGUCUGUCGGCGUAUAAACUAGUCAUUGGUGUCUUGAAGCUCGCACUGGAGCGUAGUCUGAACUUGCAGACUAACACGCCUGCCCUCGAGCUCAUCAAGCGACCUGAUGGGAGCUGGGAUGUGCAAACACCACGAGGUAUCAUCACGGCAAAGCGCGUAGUUCUUGCGACGAACGGCUACACCGCUCAUCUGUGGAAGCGUUUUCAGGGCGUCAUUGUACCCCUGCGCGGUCAAAUUACGGCUCAUCGUCCAGGAAGUGCGAUGCCAGCUGAAGGCCUUCCGACAACAUACAGCUUCAUCUAUGACAAGGGGUAUGAGUACAUGAUUCCCCGACCACCAGGAUCCCGUUUCGCUGGGGAUAUUGUCAUUGGUGGCGGACUCGCAAAGGCCUCAGAGGAAGGCUUGUUCGAGUACGGGACGACGGACGACACUACCGUCGACGAGACGAUCAGUGCCUACCUGAGGGAGACGACGCCACGAAUAUUUGGACCAGCAUGGGGCGAGGACGACGCCGAUGGGCGAAUAAGACGCGAAUGGACUGGCAUCAUGGGCUAUAGUCCUGACGGGUUUCCCUUUGUCGGAGAGGUGCCGGGCCAAGAAGGACUAUGGGUUAGCUGCAGCUUCCAGGGACAUGGGAUGGUGCUAUGCUGGAUGUGCGCCAAAGCAAUGGUAGCGAUGAUGCAAGGCGGGGAUGGCGCUGAGCUCGACGGCUGGUUCCCUGAGGCGUUCAGGAUCAGCGAAGAAAGACUGCACCAGAGAUUCCACGGAAGGUUACAUACGGCAGCUACUGCCCAGGAGUGA